AUGGCAGUUCAUGAUCUUUAUGGCGACCAUAAGUCCGACUGGCAUCUUGUCCUUGAUGUCCUGUCAUGGAUAUUCUGGUCCAAUUCUACCAUUCUCCUGAAUAAAUGGAUCAUCAAUUCUACGAACUUCCAUUAUCCUAUCAUCUUAACAUGUUGGCAUUUAAUAUUUGCGACCAUUGUCACCCAAGUCCUUGCACGGACGACGAGGUUGCUUGAGGGCCGGAAAAAUAUACCCAUGGAUGCGCGGAUGUACUGUCGGACUAUCAUCCCCAUUGGCCUAUUGUAUUGCGGGACUCUGGUCUGCAGCAAUGUGGUUUAUCUCUAUCUGAAUAUCUCCUUUAUCCAGAUGCUCAAGGCAGCUGGCCCUGUAGUCACACUGAUCACGAGCUGGUCUUGGAAGGUCGCAAAACCCUCAAUCGGGGCACUCAUCAACAUUCUCAUCAUAACCCUGAGCGUUGCAAUGGCUGUGUCGGGAGAGAUUAGGUUUUCGUGGUUGGGCUUCGGUCUCCAGUUCGCGAGUCUCGUCUUCGACGCCAAUCGACUCGUCAUGGUCCAGAUUCUUCUGUCCGACAGUGCACAGAAGAUGGACCCGCUGGUCAGUCUUUACUACUUUGCGCCUGCGUGUGCUGUCAUGACCUCGCUGGUUGCCAGUCAGACAGAAUAUGCUUCGUUUGUGUGGAGUUCCAUCGCACAGACUGGAUGGACAGUCCUGACGUUGAGUGCCGUGAUGGGAUUCAUGCUCAAUGUAUCAAUCUUUUUACUGAUUGGCAAAACGUCCGGCUUAGCGAUGACGCUGAUCAGCAUUCCCAAGAACAUUCUACUCAUUGCUAUCUCGGUCCUCCUUUGGCACACGCCCAUCAGCUCCUUACAGAUCCUGGGGUACACCAUCGCUCUGCUGAGCCUUCUUUUCUACUCUGUCGGCUGGAAUACUAUCAAAGCUUACAUUGACACUAUGAGAGUCUGGAGCGGAAAGAGUGAGGAAAAUGAGGUCUUGUUGGCUGAUAGGGUGUGA